AUGAAGCUCUCCGUGGGGCUUGCGACUGCCCUGGCCGGCGUCGCGACUGCGCUCUCCUCCGACCAGCCCGCUGACGUAUAUCUCCUGCAAUCCAAGCAGUCGUCAAGUUCCGAUAUCCCAUCAUUACCACGACAGGUUGCCCGUCUUAUCCUGCUGCAGCGUCUAUCCCCUGAGGGCCAGCAUGCAUCCUGGGACCUCCCCGAGUCUAUCUCCAACGAGAAGGCAGUCACUUACCUGAACGAGUUUGGCAAGGCCCCCAAGGGCCUAUUCAGCAAUGCCGCCUCUACAAACCCGUCCCAGCUCGUCGUUAUGUUGGAAGGAAUCACUUCCGACCAUGCAAAGUCGCUCCAGAAGUCGCUCGCUGGCUCUGGGCCCAGCUUCAGGGUUGGAGAUGCCCCCUCGACUAUCGCCAACGACCUGCUGCUGGCCAACGACUUCCCCUCUGUUGGCGUCACCUCCAAGAACUGUGCUUUCGAUAAGGCUAUCAACCCCUUUGCAGAGCAAUGCUGGAGUGGCAAGUCAUCAGUUGUCAGAUACGAUGUUAACAAGGACCCGUCUAUCCUUUCCUCCCUUUCCGAGAGCGCUUCUCUACUGAAGCAGCUCGCUGCUAACGGCGAGAUGGAAACGGUCGUCAUCGCUAUGCCUGAGUCGUCUCGCAACUCGCAGGUCCGCCACUGGUCCUCCAAGUCUGGGGAGCUUCGUCGCCGCAAAGUCGAGGUUGUUAUGACCGAAACGGACGACCACGAUAAGCCCGCCCCUACUAGUCCCGUUCAGAGCACCGCUCCGUUCCCCGGUCACAUCAAGAGAGGAAGCAUCAGAUCAUGCUACGAUUCCCAGGAUGCGUGCGACAAGGCCACCAACAAAUGCUCGGGACACGGACAGUGCCUUAACAAAUACGCCACACCCAACGGCAACGAUCAGGGCACAUGCUUCGCCUGCAAGUGUCUCAGUACCGAGAGUGAGUCUGGCAGCCGUACGCACUGGGGCGGCAGGGCCUGCCAGAAGAUCGACGUUAGCGUUCCCUUCUGGCUGUUUGUUGGUUUCGGUAUCGCCUUGGUUGGCCUGCUUACCGCCGCCAUCGGUCUGCUCUUCAGCGUCGGUGAGGAGAAGCUUCCCGGUGUCAUUGGUGCUGGAGUAUCCAAGACGAAAUAG